UUUCUUCUCCACUGAAGAGGAAGGAGAGGCGGAAAUGUCAGAUUUGAAAAAUCAAGAUGGAUGCUCGAAAAUGGUGGACCGAGAAGAAAAUUCGGAAUUGGAAUCUGUAAAAGAUAGCAAACUACAGGUAAAGAGAGGUGAUACGGAUAGGAAACGGGGAUUGGAGGAAAAUGUUGAUUUAGCGGACAAAUCCAGUUUAGCUGAGGAUUCUAUUGAAUAUAUAGGGUUAGUGAAGCGACCUAAAACGCCGCUUAUAACAGCAAGUGAUAUUCUGCUGCGAGCAGAACAGAUUUAUGAGAGCAAGCAUUCGAACUGUAGUCUCUCCUUACCAGAUCUAGUACCAGAUAGACAGGAGAAGGGAAGAUUGAGCCCGGAUGGAUUUGCAGAGAGCUGCGAAUCUUUGCGAGAUAUAUUAGGAGAGAUGGAGAGGUGUAGUUCAACUAGAGAUUUUGGUGAAGAAUAUCUAGACGAGGACAUGAUUCUACUAGAUGAAGAUGAAGAACAAAAAGAUCAGGAACCAGGACUUUUAGAAGAGGACACAGGACAAAAUCAAGAGGCCAAAGGACAAACACAGGACGUUAACCCUAUCAGUAUUAAAGAAAGAGAGGAGAAUACCAAAGAUGUAAUCGAAGAUUGUGCGAACACAGAAUCAGAUGCAGCUACAACUGCUGUUGAAGAUCAUGUUGAUCGUAUCGACGAAGAUUUGACAGAGCAAAGAGAAGAUAUUAAAUUUAUUGAUGAAUCUUGUGCCCGCCUGGCAGUGGCAGAAGAUAGAGAGAAUGAAGGUAUUAAGACGAGUCAAGAUUUAUCUCAGGAUACACAUGAACACACUGAUACAGAAUCCUGUCAAAGUUUGGUCCAGGAGAGUUUUUCUGAGAGCAGAGCUUUGCUUCCUCUUCCAGAUGUUAUAAAGGGUGUCUGUAAGACGUACACCGUAGAGUCAGGAUUUGAACGACCUUCUCAGGGUUGGGACAACAAUUCAUCAUAUAUAGACUCUACGCAGACUGUAGGGACAAGUUUAUGUUCUACGCAGCUACAGGAGGAAAAUGAAGAAUCAGAGGGGGAAAAUGAUGCCUCAGAAUCUACAGAAUCCUCCAGCCUUCCCUCCGAGAGCAGUGGAAUAUUCUAUAAAGCAGAGUAUACACCUCCUUCAUCUACCCUACCACAGGAUACCCCUACCCUACUCAGUGCGGGGAAUAGAGAUUCCUAUUGGACAGAGUUUUUAGCUAAAAACUCUCAUCUGAGAGUUUGUGGAAACAUGAACCAGGGGAGUUUAAAUAGAACUCUUAGCUCUUGUGAUACCAUACCUCCCCCUAGACCCCCUCCACCACAGAUAUCAGAAUCAAAAUCUGAUGCCAAAAUUUUCUACCAAGAACCAAAUAAAGACGCUUCCAUUAAACUUCCAUUUGGUUCUCCUUCAAUAAAACCCCCCUCCUUACUCUACCAACCACCCCCAGUAGCCCCCUCUCUACUCCCUCCACCCAAACUCCCAUCCCCUAAAAAUCCCUCCGAUCCCCUCCGAUCUAUGCCAAUCUAUUCUGAGGAUCCUCCUGAGUCCAAUCUUAUGGAACCUAUCGGAUCAGGAUUACUCGCUACCAGAAAUCCUCCUCCUUUCCGCUCCUCUAAUCCCUCUCAACCUGGAGAAACUCAACUACAUCGUCCUACUCGUCCCAUCUCCCCUGCUCGUCCUACCCCUCCUACGCGUCAUUCGGUUCAUGCCAGACCGUCAGCUCAUGUUCGUCCUGGAAGAACAGAGACUUUUGAACAACCGGAAACGGAAAUAUCUGGAGAUAGUCCAAGACGACGAAAAAGUGAUCAGGUGUCCAGUACAAUUUCUAGAGAGAUGCAAAACCUACUUGCUUCAAUUCAGGCUCUUAGUUCCCCAGACUCAGAUGAGGUUAAAUAUAGAACCCCUUCGACCUCAGCUCGAAAUAAGAAUAUGGAUCUUUUGAUGAAUGAGGUUGAAGCCCAAGUCAGGUUUUCUACAACACAGGAACUACUGGAGCGGAUAGAGCAGUGUCCAGAUAUACAGCAUUUACAGCAUAUAGUUCAGGUACCAAGAGAAGGAACUACUGGCGGUGUCCGGGUUGAUGAACAUGUACCUGGACCCCAUCCUGGAGAUCAUCAAGAACACCAACCUUAUCCAGGAGAUCACCAAUCUCAUCCAGGAGGUCAUUAUGAUCAUCAACAUCAUCCAGGAGAUCAUAAACAUCAUCAACUUGUUUAUCCAAACCUUGUCAGAGCUCCAGAUUUAUCCAACCCUGAACCUGUGAGAUGCAACAAAGGACCCUGGGACAAAUACAGCAACACUCUACCCCGAGCAAACCUUCAAUUUCAACCCAAUUCUUUAACUUUAUCCAGCUUGUCUAAACCCUCCCCUCCCAACCCUAAGACCUCUCCCCCCUCCUCCCCUCCUCACUCUAAACCAUCCACAACACCAGAUCUACUCAAAUUCCAUGGCAGAACAGAGGAGAACCCUGUAUUCAGCUGUAACCCUAAGCCCCCUAACCAACGCCCCUUCCUAUCUACGCCAAGUGCUACGCCUGAGAGCGUAAGGCGAAGGCGUUUUGUCAGCCUUCCCCGCCCUUCGGAGAUGCCUAGCGCACAAACCCAUGCAUACAAAUAUACAGGCCGGGUUCCUGAUAUGCUGUCUAGAAUAAAUCCAACCCCUACUGAAGCAGAUUACAAGUGUUUUCCUGAGUUCUCGAGUACAUCGUCUUCCUCCUGUCCACGCACUUCCGGUAGCGCACGAGGUGGAUCUACUGCCGGUAGUAUACGUGGGUCUUGGGAAAUGAACGCGGCACGGAGAUGUAGCGCAGAGGACAAUACUGCAUUUAACUAUGAUAAUGUUAGAAACAGUAUUUCAGAUAUCAAAGAAGAUAUUUUUAACCUUAGAGAUGUGAUAUCAUCUACAAAGGAUGACAUUUCAACUACACGGCAGCCAUUGUUGGAGAUAUUCGAGGAUUUUAAGAUGGAGAAAAAUGAGAAACCGGUUUUCAGAAAUUCUAAACACACUUUUUCAUCUUUAAAUAAGGAAAUGGAGGCUACUAGAAAUACAAUGAAAGAGAUCGAGAGGACAAUUGGAGGAAUAUACAAUAGUUCUUUACAGGAUGAUACGGGUUUAGGAAAAUACAGGGAAAAUACUGGGUGUAAAACCCCUUUCUCAGGAGUAAAUCAAGGAUCCGUGACAAAAACCAAAGAUUUGUUUGAACAGAAAACUAUGGAUUCAAGAUUUACUCCACAAUUACAGGGUCCUAGACAAAGAAGCUUUACACCGUUCUCUAACACAAGGUAUAUUUUAUAA